AUGGCGAAGAGCAUCAACACUUGCAUUGAAUACCUCAAAAUGGCAUGGUCGGAUCUCUAUUUAUAUGAAAUGGAUCCAUACGUACCGCCAGUUGUUUGGCAAGAGGAAAUGUUUUCUUCACAGAAGAAACUGAGAAUCGGAUUCUAUACCACUGAUGGAUUUAUUACGCCAACACCUGCCAACCAGAGAGCCGUUUUGGAAGCAAAAAAGAUUCUAGAAGAUAAGUCGUCUACUUGUACGCUUUCAAGUCCAGAGCCCCAAAGGGUGUUCCAACUGUUUGUGGGUGGCGUAUCUGCCGAUGGGGGACGAUAUCUGAGCAAGAAAUUGAAGAAGGUCAGACUAUUCUACCGGAGUCGGCGGUCCAAUCGCGUCUGUCUUUGCACAUAUACGAAUCCGCGUCUCAUCGCAAAUUCCAUCAUUGUACACGUGUAA